ACAUUGCACCUUUCAUCCCUUAUUUUUCAUCUAGAAGGAAACAUGCAAACAUGAGUAUGAUGUUCCAAAGAAAAAAUAAGCCUUUGAAUAUGAAGCUUGCUUGGCUCACGAUAUUGGCUGCAGCUCUCUUUCUACAUCCAGUUGCUACUGAGGAUGCUUCUAGCACAGUCUCCUGUGAUGAAGUAGCAAAAAACUAUAUUUCUGUUCCUCCUAACCUAAGCAAAAGUGUUUCUAUACUAUAUCUCAGUUACAACAACAUUACUUUAAAUCAAAAUGAUAUAAUAAUUCUUCACAAGUACAUUAAUAUCACAGAACUGUACCUAAACAACAAUGCCAUUGCUGUUCUACGUAAUUAUAGCUUUAGCAAUCUUUCCAGACUAGCAAUAUUAGAUAUCAAAAAUAAUUAUAUCAAUACAGUUGAACAAGCAGCAUUUGCUGGUUUAAACAAACUAAUGACUUUGUAUCUACAGAAUAACAAAAUUGUGCAAUUAGAUUCCAAUGUAUUUGCACUGCUGAAGAGCUUGCAAGUCUUAAACCUAAAAAAUAAUUUCCUAGAAUAUUUUAAUGUUAACGUAUCAGUUAAUUUAAUCAGAAUCACAUUAAUUGGAAAUCCAUGGAAUUGUUCGUGCAGCCUCCUAAGAUUACAAACUUGGCUGAACAACGUGAAUGUAACACUGGAAAAUGGGAACAAUACUAUGUGUACUUCUCCAAAUAGCCUGAAAAAUCACCCUAUCAAGACAGCGAUUAUAUCAAACUGUGAAAAAGGAGAAAUGACUGAAGCAAACACCAUACUUUUAUCUGCUAUUAAUCAUAACAAUGAUAGUCUAAUAUCUCUACAUAAUGCUACAAAUAGAAUAUUGUCACAUUCAGAUGUUCAGCCUCCUGGCAAAAGCUGGACCUUUCUGAUGGGUGUCCUGGUCAUUGUCAUCAGCACUGCAUUACUGAUUGGUAUGGCCAUCAAAUUCCCAGCAUGGUACCGUUAUUUGAUUAGCUAUAAUCAUAGGCGUUUGGAAGAAGAAGAACCAGAGAUGUUUGAAGAAACUUUCACACCUCAUAUGUGCACAUUCCCACAGACAACAGGUACCAGUGAAGAAGAAUCGGUUGUAGUUUUUGAACAAUUUCAUACAUUUGUUCCAGAAGAAGAUGGAUUUAUUGAAGACAAAUAUAUUGACACAUGAAUACUUAUUAUGAAUGUUGCAGACUGAACCUUUCUGCCCUGUCCUGAGAUAUCAGCAAAGGGUUGUGGUAUCUGUAGCUCUGUUAACAUACAGGGACAAAAAAACACACACCCCAAACUGUUCUUGGCUGUGAUUAAUCAAAAUAUGUAUGAUUCAAUCUUAUCAUUAUUAUGGAAAAUCAUUAAAUUGGUGGUAUGGUAAUGGAGGAUCAAGCUUUUUGUGUGCAAAUCAAUGCAUUCCCUUUGAGUACAAGAAAGAGAAACAUGGCCCUAUAUAGUCUUUAAAAAGGCAAAAUGUGAGUUCGGUAUGCCAAGGAAGUUAUUUUACAAGUCACUAAAGAGGCAUGCCCUAGGAGUUUAAAAUGUGACAAUAACAUAGUCUGUGUCUGAACAGAGAAAUAUUCAAAUAAUUAAAAAUAAUUCUAUUAUGAACUUGGUUUUGCCCUACACAAUUAUUACUAAUACAAGACAAGUAAAAUGUUUCAUACUUUUUUGCACUUUUAAAUAACUAUAUAAAUCAGAAAAUCUGGAUCCCAGAAAUUAAGAAGAUGAGCUGUGUAAAAUGCAUGCCAGGUUUUGUGCUUUUGC